GACACUGAUGCCACCCACAUGCAUGUAUGAUCCUUUGACCUCACCUUGAAGAAACUCACUACCUUUCAGUAUGCAUCCGGUUACCCACAUCAGAACACACUGCUAAGCUUCCCAGUGUAUGACAAUUCACUCCAGCUGAGGAGAAAUAACAUGUUGAAGUCAUAAGGCCCAACUAACCGAAAGCAAGCAAUCAGUUAAUGAUCCCACUUUUCUUUCAAAAAAAAAGGAUGUCUAGAGCAGUUAUAUAACUCAGGUUAAAUUUAGGUUAAAAACUACUUUGCUAUAGACAUAUCCUUUGAAAACAGGGCGUUAUAAAAAGUUUUCAAGCAGAACUAGCUUUGCAAUCCCCAAAAAUGUACCAUGAGUGUAUUGCAAAACCUCAUCUCUGUAGCAUCUCUAUAGCAUCUUUCCAAUUGUAUGAAACAAAUGUAACAAAAUAAAGCAUUCUGUGAGCUUAACUCAGAUGGUUUUGCUGGAACAAAUCUAACUCGGACCUCAAGAAAGAGGCAAACAGAAAAUAGGGAACUUUCUCUUUAUUACAGCUAGAUUAAAGAAGCAAAUGCCAAAGAUGGAAUGCAAGGACAGCGUAUAAAUUUGUAAAGCUAUUUUUCUCCUAAGACAUGAACCUUUAUUUAGGGAAUGUCCUUUCCAUUACUUCUAAGUUUCUAUAUUACAGCUUGUAGCCCAUAAGCACAAGCAAGGUAUCCAGAACAGGGUAAAGACUGUGGGCAAAGGAAGAAACAGGUGCACACUACUACUAUUAAUACAAGAUCGUAUCCAUUUGAAUUAAAUGCAAGGGAUAAUGAUUUACAUCUACUUAAAACAAGGAUAUAAAACACAUGGGAAGGCAUUGCUUUAAAAGUGUUUACAUUUUAAGAUGUGAGCAUUUUUGCUUUAUAAAAACACCAGAGAAUCUGAGCAAAUAACAAUAUGAUAAUGAAAGCAACACCUUCCCUGUUAUGGACACAGCUGUAACUCCAGAUCACAGAUUUGUGGGGUGAAUGUAUAAAAUCGAUGGAAGAACAGAAUGAAGAAAAUGUAAAUGCUAUUGACUGGAUUUUACCAGAAUAUAUGCAAUGGUGUUUACCAAAUCCUAGUUCUAGUCUGCUUUAGCCCUACUUAAGGUCUGAAUGCUAACACAUCAGAUAAAAGCGACUAGACAAUGCUACAUAUAUCGCAGUUUCACCUGCAGCAUAAUGAACUGAAUUGGCAUGGGUAUAAUUAGUUACACAAUAAUUACCCUAAUAAUUAAUCUUAUGAAUACCACAGGAAUUAAUGUUGAUAGAAAAUUACCUGGGUGGGAAAAUGAACUAUAGCUAUGCACAAUGGUAUUUAAAGGUGGUAAAAAUUUGCAUCAGUUAUAAGAGAUGUUUAGAAACAAAGAAAUCUAUUGAAAGAAAGUGGUAGAAAUCCCUUAACUUAUCACUUAGGACAUUUAAAAAUAGGCCAAAAUAAACAACUGGAAAAUUUAACACAAUGGCUAAUCUCACACUGGCUGCAUAAUUUUGCAGUGGGGAUGGAGAAUGUUCCAAAACCUCUUUUCCAUCUCUGAUGCCUAAUAUCUGUAAGCCUCUGGACAUGUUUGGGCUAUCCAGCCAUGGAUAUUAGGUCUGGCUCCAGAAAGCAGCAUGAUGCCAGUGUACAACUCAGUUCCCAGAGUUUGGGAAAUCUCCAGAGCACUGCUGCUGUUAACCACUUUCCCAAAAGUACCGACUUCAGUCUCAUCUUUACAGUCUCCCUAAUCUGAUCCAGCCCUUUUGGGGAACUUUGAAAAGAGCAGUUGCCUAAGGCAAGUAGGAAGAGGAAAGUAUAGCUCACCUCCACUACCACCAAGAAUGAGGAGAAUGAUCACUGUUUGUUAGGAAGAACAAAAUACUGAUUUGCAACAUGUCUGAGAACAGCUGGCAGCCCAGUGUAUUUUGAUGUAUCAAAGCCACGAACACAGUAUUUCACCUACAAAGAAAGCCCCAUUUAUUAUGUGGUGUUGUUACUGAGAUCCCCCACCUCAACGUUUUAGUGUUUAUUUUUGGCACAGUGACAAGUUUAUGACUGUGUUUCUCCAGCAUUUUUGAAGCCCUUAAUUUUUGUUAGCUGCAGAAAGGAAAUAACAUUUUCAAAGCUAUCUGUGAUGGUGAAUGAUUCCUUUUUGAAUGUCAAACUAGAAAAUCUGAUUUUCAAAGGUUAGGUGCUCAACAUAUUCUGAAAACCAGGCUGCUAGAAAUGUCUCAGACUGUGCCCCUAAUAUGGAAGCAACUGAAUCAUUCAUCACUUUUGUAAAUUAAACUUUUAAAACACAAAGACAUUCUUCUUUCAUCCUGGAAUUCAGGUACCACAGCUAAGGGCAUAGUAGAGGAAUGGAGAUGAACUCUACUAACUGCUUUGACAUUUUUUAAUUUUAGGCGAAGUGUAGGAAGAAAGACGCGUGUACCUGCAUGAACCCAGUCGCUGUUCUUGUCAUAAAGUCUGCUAAUCACCCAAGCUAUCUCCCUCCAUAUAAAAAUCCAUCUUAAUUCAUUCUUCUUCUCUGGUAUUUCAAGCAAAUGAACAAAUGAACUAAAGAGAGUUUAGGCUGCUGACCAACCCAAAAGUUAACUAAAAUUGCCUUUUAAAAGACCUAGUUAAAUCAGAGCAAAUUCUUGCCUGGGCACACUUUGAUUAGUUUAUUUAUUAAUACUGAUUUAUUUGAAUUUGGUAAUCUGGGUCAGGACUCUGAAAUAUUUGCAUGCCUAUUUCAUGUUUAGUGUACUAUUUAGUCUAUACACAUUUUGUUUUAGUAAAAUGAAAGAAUGAAACUCUUCUAAGAAGGUGUAAUAAACAAGUCUGUCACUCUUUUACAGCAGGUCAACUCAAUAAAGACAUCACCAUUUCUCAAUGAUAUGAAGCCAGCUGUGCUUAAAGAGACCUAUUGGAACACAUCCAAAAUCAGUUUGCUAACUCCAAAUUUAUGUUGAAUUAGAUUUUUAUUGCUUUAAUCAAAUAGUUCUGAAAGACAGUUUUAUUUUAACCUCAGCUACUUUUGUGUAUAAACAAGGCCUUAGGCAAGUAUCAUCAAAGAUACCCACCAAACUGAACAGAUUGGGGAUAUGCUUUUGAAUGACAUUUCGCUCAGCAGCCAUCUUCAAAUUCUAAUGCAGAAAUUGAAUUUUGGGUUAGAAGAAGUAGGAGAUCACAUUAGGUAUUACCUUUCCAGGGUACACAAUUGUGUUGGUGUAAUGUGAAAUCACAAAAAUGAAACAGCUACUCUUUAUUUUUGUCCUUCAGACUACAUAGAGUGGAAUUCUACUUACCCAUAAAUUACUCAUUUCUUCAUGCUUCUCAUCUAAGAAAACUCAGAAUUUCCUAUUUCUUGCAAACUUGUAUUAUAUGAAUUUCAAGGAAGCACAUGCAGAAAAUGAAACACAAACCUAUUAGCUGCCUCAGGGAAUAUCUGGUUGUAAAUACUGGGAAAAUCUAAAAAUAAAAAAAUAAACAAACAAAAACCAAAAAACAAACAAAAAACAUCUAACUGCUUUUUUGUGUGUACAUGUUGACAUAUUCAGCAAAGAACUCCCAUAAUACUGUGAUGGUUUAAAUUGGUUUGACAUAGUGACAGCAUCUGUAGUUUACAUUCAUCUUUGUAGGACAUGGUUAUUUAAAACCUUCAUUUAACUGGCCUAACAGGUGACCAGAAAUGUGUUGUCUUCACAAUUACUUUUGCCUUUGUUAGGACCAAAAAAGGGUUGGAGGUCUACUCUGUUCUUAGAUUUGUUUUAACAUCAUGUGUGGUCUAGUUUGUAGUUUAGAUUGGAACAGAGUUCAGAAAAGCAGAAGUCCAGCAAAGUAUUGUGCAAUAUUUCCAUGUUUACUGUACUGGAUGCACUGGGUAAAUACUCUUAAUGAUACUUACUAUUUCAUAUAUAAAUAACAAUCUCUAACUGUACAAGGAUGCUACUCAAUUUUUAAGUAAAUAUUAUAAAUGGAAAAGGCAUAUUGAAAAGAAAGGAGACACUGAAUUAAAAAUAUAUUUAAGGCAAGUUUAUGUAUCCUCUUGAGUGGAUGGAGCUUAAGGCAGGGACUGGGGGAGCAAAGUCCUUCCCACUGUAUGAGAUCAGGUUCAUGACCACCUAAGGAACCUGAACAUACAUUAAGUCUAUGGGACCUGACGAGAUGCAUCCCAGGCUCCUGAGAGAACUGGCUCAUGUGGUUGCCAAGGCACUCUCCAUGAUGCUUGAAAAACUAUGGCAGUCAGGUGAAAACCCUGGUGACUGGAAAAAGGGAAACAAUGCACUCGUUUUCAAAAAGGGUAGAAUGGAGGAGGACACUGGGAACUACUGACCCGUCAGCCUCACCUCUGUGCCCGGGAAGAUCACAGAACAGAUCCUCCUACAAGCUAUGUUAAGGCACAUGGGGGACAGGGAGGCGAUUCAAGACAGUCAGCGUGGCUUCACCAAGGGCAAGUCUUUCUUGCCUGACCAACAUAAUGGCCUUCUAUGAUGGAGUGACUACAUCAGUGGACAAGGGAAGAGCUACAGAUGUAAUCUAUCUGGACUUCUGUGAGGCCUUUGACACGGUCCCCCACAACAUUCUUCUCUCUAAAUUGGAGAGAUACAGAUUUGACAGGUGAACUGUUCAACAAAUGAGGAAUCAGUUGCAUCCAGAGAGUAGUGGUCGAUGGCUCAACGUCCAGAUGGAGGUCAGUGAUGACUGGUGUCCCUCAGAGGUCUGUACUGGGAUCAGUACUGUUUAGUACCUUCAUCAAUGACAUAGACAAUGACCUAGUGGGCUCGAGUGCACCCUCAGCAAGUUUGCAGAUGACACCAAACUGAGUGGUGCAGUUGACAUGCCUAUGGGAUGAGAUGCCAUCCAGAGGGACCUCAACAAGCUCAAGAAAUAGGGCCAUGUGAACUUCAUGAGGUUCAACAGGGCCAAGUGCAAGGUCCUGCACCAGGGUCAGGGCAACCCCCAGUAUCAAUACAGGCUGGGGGAUGAAGGGAUUGAGAGCAGCCCUGCAGAGAAGGACUUGGGGGUACUGGUAGAUGAAAAGCUGGAAAGUCAGCAAUGUGCAUUUGCAGCCCAGAAAGCCAACCGUAUCCUGGGAUGCAUCAAAAGAAGUGUGACAAGCAGGUUGAAGGAGGUGAUCCUGGCCCUCUGCUCUGGUGAGAGCCCACCCGCAGUACUGCAUCCAGCUCUGGAGUCUCUCUGUACAGGAAAGAUAUGAACCUGUUGGAGUGGGUUUGGAGAAGGGCGAAAAAUGAUCACAGGUAUGGAAUACCUCUCCUGUGAGGAAAGGCUGAAAGAGUUGGGGUUGUUCAGCCUGGAGAAGAGAAGGCUCUGGGAAGAUCUUAUUGUGGCCUUUCAUUACUUAAAGGGGACUUAUAGGAAAGAUGGAGACAGACUUUUUAGUAGUGUCUGUUGCAAUAGGAUAAGAGGUAAUGAUUUUAAACUAAAAGAGGGUAUAUGCAGACUAGAUAUGAGGAAGAUAUUUUUUACAAUAAAAUUCAUGAAACACUGGAACAGGUUGCCCAGAAAGGUCGUAGAUGCCCCAUCCCUGGAAACUUUCAAGGUCAGGUUGGAAGAGGCUCUGAGCAACCUGAUCUAAUUGAAGAUGUCCACGCUUAUUGCAGGGGAGUUGGACUACAUGAUCUUCAAAGGUCCCUUCCAAUCCAAACAAUGUUAUGAUUAAACGAUUCCAUGAUUCUAUGAUUCUAUGUGCACAGUUAACGAUUACAGCGCUGUAUUUGCUGGACCCAAGUAACUAACAUUCCAAAAUUAAUAAUGAUAUCCUGCCUCCAACUCUUCUAAACAGGUCCACUCCAUAUUCCUUUUAAAUGUCUGUCCCUUUCUUGCAAUAAGACAAGACUAUAUGGGCUUCUUUUUAUUCUCUGCUCCCAUUAACACCUCAGAGACUGAAGUACAGUCACUUGCUUACAGAUUGAGUCAGUCCAGUUCCCUCCAGCAUCCAUUAGUACAUUCCCAGGUUGUUUUCUGGGAGGCAACCAGAAAGCACCUCCACAUGUAGCUCACUCCAGAAUCAACACAGUUGAUCCUACACAGUCCCCACACAGUCCUCCAAAGCUACAUCAGUAUGCUUUGACCUCCCACUCAUUCCCAAUCACACCCCAUAGCAUGCAACACAUAGUCUCCAAAAUCACGCCAUAAACAAAUCACACUGGCAGUCUGCACCAUGCAUUGGUUGGAAAAACGUUAUAAAGUAUCCUAAGGUGUCAAUAAGAGCCCCAUGCUGACUGGUGUGCAAGUGGACUUGUGCAACCUGUUCUAGAAGGGAUCAAUCCCAGAUAAUACACAGGUGAAUCAAUUAAAAAUAAUUGGCCUGAAGGCCAGGUGUUGAAUGCCCUCAAUAAUGUUCACAAGACUUUACACUGGCAACGCUAAAUAUGUAUGGCCAAAAUAACAAUGUCUAACUGACCCUACAGUAUGAAGUACAGUGGUCUCACCAGUCAUGAGCUUCAACUCAGUGGGGUGACUGUUGAUCAAUACAAUCACUUACUAUCCUCCCUGUUCAUUAUUUUUCUGCCUGCAUAAAGCAAGAGAGAGGAGGGAUGCUCACCCUGGAAGCUCUGCACAUUCAAGUGAAAAAAUGACUGUUUUGAGGAGUAUUCACACCUAGUUUAGGUGGCUAACUUAAGACACCAAUCUCCCAAACAGCUCUGCACAGUCAAUAAAAAGAUAAACUACUCCAGAUGUGAAGCAAGAACCUAAUUUAAAUGCCUUCACUUGCCCUUACUUCUCCAUUGAAACAGACACCACUUGGGAAAGCACUAUAUUCAUUCCCUGUCCCCACCCCUGCCCCAAGUUUGUGCUGGGAAUCCGGUAAGUCACAAAGUUUUUCUUUUGUAACUUUAGACUGCAGAGGUUAUUAUUUAUGGGUCUCUGAGGGUACAUCAGAUCCAAGAACUCAGCAAUAUGCACAUGUCCGUAUUCAGUCAUCUGCACAGGCUACUGCAAGUGACACCUUACUAGGCCAUUUCUACAGGAUGAAUGUUGGUGUAUGCAUAGGACUUUUACUGCCCCCCAUGACUCCCAUACACCAUAAUGCCAAAAGGUUCUGAGAACUACUGACAGAGUUUGGCAAAAAGAUACCUUUCAUUGACAGGUGAAAUCCUCUAUUAGUAUUCAAUCUCUUCUUCAAGAAGAAAAAGUGCUUUCUCACUGUGUGUCUCCAUCAGGCACAUACUAAGAUAUUACUCGAUGCAGAAACUGAAAUUUUAUCAGCUAAUUAAUUCACAGGACUCCUGCCAGACAUUUUUAAUAGCAGUUGUAAAUCUCUUGAAACGUAGAAAAAGCAAUAUAAUCCAAUAAAAGAAAUGUGCUUAGAAAUCAUUUGAGAGGAAUUAACCACAUAUAUAGACCAUGUAUUUUUAAUUACAUCUGAAUGUGAACUGCUGAAUUUUAAGGUCAGCUGGGUUUGUGUCUAUCUAACGUCCUUAUUUUAUAAACAAUCAGUGUAAAAUAGGUCAGAAAAAGAAUUAAAGAAAACACAAGUUGGAUAGGACAACUAUUAGGAAAGGGUGUGAAAUGAAAAGGGGGAAAAGACACCAGGAUUAAACAAAAAGGUGCCCAGGAGUCAUAAAUCCAGGUCAGAUAUGUGCUGGCUUUUUCGGCUGCCAAAAUGACCCCUAGCGACGGAAGACUGCUACUCUGUAGUAAUGUGGAGAGCUGGUGUAAGGAGCAAAACUAAUUGCUUAGACAGGAAAGGACAGUAAGCAGAAAACAUAGCAAAUGUGGGAAUUCAGAAAGCUACCAGACCUUAUUUUACUGUCCCGCCAUGGGAUAGAUUUUCCUAUAUGGCGCUUUGUGAAAAAGAGCAAGGAUUGCCUUCCUCAUUACUUUGAAAGCUACUUUGAAAACUGGGGAGCUGAAUUUGACAAUACCAUUUCUGUUGUUAGAAAACCAGCACUGAGGAAGAGAGGCCAAAGAGUUAUUCCCCUAGGCUUAGAAGUUGUCUUUCCCCCAACAGAGCACUGAGCCCCAAAGCCCUUACCCAAAAUGGCAGAUACCAAUACAGUCAGAAUCCAAGUUCUCCUUAAAUACAGACUAGUAUGUUUUAAAUCAUUUUUAGAAGGUGAUUUCUUGAAAAAAAAUACAUAAUCCUGGAUGUAGAUGGUAAUAUUCUACAUGGGUAAAAGGUGUGGGAAGUGAAGAGCCCACCUAUUUUCUGUUACGAUUUUUUCAGUUGUAUGAUACAAAAGAUAAUUCCAAAUUCCAAACCUCAAAGUCAGCACUUCCAUUAUUAUUAUUACUGUAUGAAAUUUGCAUUUCUUUAACUGAAAGGUACAUAUGAAAAAUCUCUGCCUAUGAAUGACGCAAUGCUUCAUGCCAUGCCCUACCUUUCAGACCAGCAGGCAAAAUGAACACUGUCCCCAGCCAAGGAAGCCUGUCAGCACUAGUGUGACCACGCACUGACCCUCCUCCUGCUCAACAGCUGCCUCUUCCCAGCCAGCAAGGAUGCAAGGCCGGCAGUGAAGGCUCCUCUACUCCCCCUCCUGGGAGGUCCGAAGUUCAGCUGCUGCCAUUCCUCACAAAGUAAACAGCCUGCUUUCUGCUCCAAAACCUAAGGGCAUCCCAAGCUGGAUGGAUUUUGCAGAUGAAGUCAGAAGCUGGAAGGAGGCAGAGCUCAUGCCCCAGCUGUCUGCAGAAGGCAGCUGCACUGGGACUGAUAGCCAGCCAUUCCUGCUCUCCUGUGCGGAGGAAGCUCAGGAGGCCACUGUCCCAUCCCAAGGUUCGACCCUGCCCCGCUGCAGUCCCCUCUCUCAGGCUCUCUAGGACUGGAACGUCCUGGCAUGCAGGUCCCUUUCUCUCCAGGUGCACAAACGUGGACAGGUUUCCCUAGCUAUCAGGUGGUGCAACAGUGCUUUUUGUACAGCAAUGUUGACUCCAACUUACCCACUCCAAACUAGCUGACUUCCACCACUAACAGUGUUACCAUCAGUGACCAGGGCUGCAAAGUAAUGCGUGAAUGAGCCCAGAGUAGAUUGCAAUGUGUAUUUACUGCACUCUGCCUAAAUGGCAUGUGGCAUUUUUAAUAACCUUAUUAAACAAGAAUUAAAAGAAAUGGCUCUCAACUAGGUGGAUGAAGGCAGGGGUUCUGAAUGGAGUAUUCACAGAUUUAAGAACACAAGCAAACACGAUUUUUCCACCAGAAGAGACAAAACCGUACUGAAGGAGAAACACAAGCAGCUUGUAAACCAGAUGACAAUGGAGAAAAUUCUUACGAAUGCUUCUCAACAUAUCAAUCACACUGACUCCCAGCCACACCACACCGCCAUUCCACCUUCCACGCACUUUCAGACAGACAUCAGUCCACACCGCAUAGAAUCCCAAGAUCCCCGAGUUCUGGAAAAUAGAUUUAGUCCUAAUUUCUGUGACAGAUGGAGUUGAUAGUUUUAGGAUGAAAAAAGCGCCAGUUUUGACAGGCAGCAGAUACAGAUGCCCCUUGUGGUUGGAGACAAUGUUGCUCUGGAAUUAAGGUAGCACUGAAGCGAAAGGGAAUGGCUAAAUCCACCACUACUUGCUUAUUUUGCUAUGCUCCUCUCGUUGUGCCUUAAUAUUUAUAUUUUUGUGUCUAGUUCCUUAUAAGCAAAGCAAAGCGGAUGGAGAGUAUAACAGGAAGGCAGGACGUCAGCAAGGCAUUUUGUUUUCAAUGAAGACAAACUUCAUCCUCUAACAGAUUUUAAACAACUUUUCACUAAUUGGCAGUUCUUUAUUAAAGUAUCAAAGAACUACACUGAGACCUACUGUAUUUCCGCCAACAGGCAUCCUCGUAGGUCAGGGUCUUAAAUCCGCGCACGAAAACCUCUGGCGAGAAGCUGAGCUGAGUGAGUUUAAAAUCGGUGGGGGAUGCAGUAAGUGGAAAGCUGCAACACCGAAGGCAUAGCAAAGCAGUACUUACACGGCCGGAGCGCACCACUAAGUUAGCUUUCUCUCCCUGAGUGUACUAAUACUGGAACCAGGAGCUCUGUUCAGAUUUCAGCAAGAAGCAAAGUCGGUCCCAUUUUGAGCCUGAUCCUCCCUACCUUUCUCUUUCUUUCGGGAAGCGGCUCUGCCCUCACUUGAAUCAGUGGGAAGUUUGGGUACACACAUCACACGGGAUAGAGACCUUUUUUUCCCCUUGCUGUAAAGGGCAGAUCAGUUCAGGAGCAGCGUGCCCGCACAGGCAGCACGCAGACCCGCGCCGCUGCCCUUUCGCGGAGGCGCAGGGCGCUCCCCCGCCGCCCCCGAGCGCCGACCCCCGCCGCCGCCGCGCGCCUCCGGCCCGGCCGCCGCGCCGCCUUAACGGGAGGAGGGGCUCCUCGGGGGGCUGUCACUCUCCUUAAGCUUUCCUUUCAAGCUUUGAAUGUGAGCUGCCCUCCAGCCCCCCUCUCUCCUUCCCUCCCUCCAGCAGAUCGUAAAGAGAGGAGGGAAAAAAAAAAGUUUCAACAACAGGCUGGGCCAAUGGCAAGUGGCGAGGCAGUGAAAGGGGGCCGAGCGAAGGGAGAAAAAAGUGGAGAAAAGGAGAAAGAGAGCGAGAGAGCGCAGGCUGGGGGGAUGUGUAAAAGAAGAAGCGUUGCUAAUUUUUUUUGUUUGUUUGCUUUUCCAUGCAUGCAUAAUGAGGCCUAAUCAGAGCACGUUGCUGCUGCUCGGAGGGCACUUUUGUAUUUAAAGCCUUGCAAAGAAAAAAAGAUCCACAGACGGAUCCGCAGAGCAGCUUGCAGGGCUUGUUGACAACAGAAGCAGCAUCAGUCGCUCAGAGAGAAAGAGAUCCUGAAGGCUGCCUCUUCUCCUUUCCCUGUGCUAUCUUCUUGCUAGCGGGGAGAGACAUUUCUUCUCCCCGCCACCCGAAAGUGCAACCCGUACCGAGAGGGAGUGAGCGGAGCCGGGACUGUGAAUGGGAUCGGAGCGGCUGGCAUGUGCAGAGAUGCUGCGAGCGGAGAGUUAAAAGCUCCCGACGAAGCAGCAGCAGCAGCUGGGCACUGAUUUUGUUUAAAAAAAAAAAAAACGAGAGAGAGAGAGAGAGAAAGAAAAAAAAAAAAAGAGAAACGGAACUGCAUGAGGAGGAGGACAGCACCAUGAGCUCUCCCGGCGCAGCCUGCAAGUCCCCGAGCGCACUCCGGAGCCGCUCUCCUCCGAGCCCCCGUUUGCACUGAUUCCCCCCAACCUCUCCGGGCGCCUUCGCCGCCGCCUCGCCAAGCCGGCAGCAGCGGGUGGGGUGCACGGGAAGGCCCCGGGCGCCCGCUUCGUACGGCGGCCCCGCCGGUUCCAGCUCCCGGGGGUUGGAGGGCCCCAGCACCGGCGCGGAUGGAUUGAUGCGAGGAGACCUCAUGCACACGGCCGGCGGGAGUUUUGCAAACUUUUCCACGGGCGGCAGCUCCUUCUCCUCCUCCUCGUCGUCGUCUACCAGCGCCUCUCCCUCGCUCGCCUGCGGCAGCAGCCGCCGCCGCCGCCGCCUGCGAUGGUGGCCCGCUCGCCCGCUCGGCACGGAGGCGGCGGCGGGGGCCGCUGGCCGCGUCCGGCCGCCUGGCUGUGGCUGGCGGCGGCGCUGGGCGCCGUGUGGCCGCCGCGGGGCUCGCUGGUGCAGGGCCGGCGGCUGAUCUGCUGGCAGGCGGUGCUGCAGUGUCAGGGGGAGCCCGAGUGCAGCUACGCUUACAACCAGUACGCCGAGGCGUGCGCCCCGGUGCUCCUGCAGCAGGCGCCGGCGGGAGGCGGUGGGGACGGGCCGGCGGCCGCUGCAAGCUCCGCCGCCUCCUCCAGGCGGCGGUGCCCCAGCCACUGCAUCGCGGCCCUCAUCCAGCUCAACCACACCCGGCGCGGCCCGGCGCUGGAGGACUGCGACUGCGCGCAGGACGAGAACUGCCGCGCCACCAAGCGCGCCAUCGAGCCCUGCCUGCCCCGCACCAGCAGCCCGGCGGCCGGCGGCCCCGGCGGCCCCGGCGGCGGCGCCGGCGGCGGCCCCGGCGGCGGCGUCAUGGGCUGCACGGAGGCGCGGCGGCGCUGCGACUGGGACAGCCGCUGCAGCCUGGCGCUCAACCGCUACAUGACCUACUGCGGGAAGCUGUUCAACGGGCUGCGCUGCACGCCGGAGUGCCGCGCCGUCAUCGAGGACAUGCUGGCCGUGCCCAAGGCCGUGCUGCUCAACGACUGCGUCUGCGACGGGCUGGAGCGGCCUAUCUGCGAGUCGGUCAAGGAGAACAUGGCCCGCCUCUGCUUCGGCGCGGACAUGGGCGGCAACGGCGCCGGCAGCAGCGGCGGCUCGGACGGCGGCCUGGAGGAGUACUACGACGAGGACUACGAGGAGGAGCCGAGCCAGAAGGGGAGGGACGACGCGGAGGACAAUGCGGGCUCCGAGCCCGGCUUCCCCGUGCCAGCGGAUAGCGCUGGCCCGCCCGCCGCCGCGGCCUGGGCGCUGCUGGCCUCCCUCUUGCUGCCGCUGCUGCCGCGGCUCUAGCGUCCCUCCCGCCGCGCCGGGCCGCCGAUGGCCAUCCCGCGGGCCUGGCGGCGGCGGGAGGGAGCACGGCCAGCGGGGCCCCUCGGUGCGGCGCGGUUUUAAACGCCCUGACCGUUAAUCCCCCGGCCGUUGGCCCGGGCGCUCCUGCUCCGCCCCGCGUCUCCCCGCGGGCGGCGGCCCCCCGCCGCCUCCGCUGCUGCCCGCGGCGCCCGUCCGCACCCUUCCCCCGACCCGGCCCGGCAGCCUUCCGCGGGCGAAGCCGCCGCGGCCUUGCGGGCCGGCCGGGGGGGCGGCGGCCGGGCGAGGCGGAGCGGAGCGGGCGGCCGCGGCCUCUCGCCUUUAGGGUGCCGGUCUCUGUGCACUAUGCAAUUGCUGCCGCCCCGUGCGGGCCGCCGGCGGACGGGCUGACGGAGGUGCCAGCGAGGCUGCGGCGGCCUCCCGCUGCCGCCCGCCGGGGCUGCGGGGGUGAUGGCGUGCUGAUGGUGGCUUUCGUUAAGCGUUUUGACAUGAAGAGUUGUUGGCUAUACUGAACAAUGCAACUUUUGUUGUAAAAGAGCUCUGCACUGCCAUCUUUGAAAGACACUUUUAGACUCGAGAACAUGUAUGUACAAAUAUCCUGAAAAGUUAUAUUGCCUCUCGUCAUAUCAGGGUGCUGACCUCUGGUAAAUCUUAUAUUAAAAAUGUAUUUAAAACUGGGAUUUGUUACCAGUCGCUCUUCUCUGUAUAUAGAAUUUUAUAAAUUGUAUGCUUUUGGAAUAAUUUAUUUAAAAAAUAAUAAAAAAGUUUUAAGUCCACAUCCUAUUUGACAGAUAAUUGCAUUUGCUAUUCUUGUCUGGAAAAGUACAGAUUUCAUUUUAUGUUUAAGGGGAUAUCAGUAACAGUGAUUCAAUGAAGUAUUCUCCAGAAUAUCGAAUGUACAGUGUAUUUUACAGAUUGGAAGUUAACUUUCUUAUUUGGAGAGACUUUAUGAACAUUGUAGAAUUGUAUAAAUGCAUUUCUGAGCAGCCUUAAACCUUGUAAUUUUUAUAGGAGGCAUAAAAAAGGCCUGUGUUUUAAAUAUGUAUGGCUUUUUGUAUUUUCUGAACAUGUAAAUUAGUAAAGAGCUUUAAAUAAUG